AUGUCUUCGCCGACGCACGAGCAAACAGCUCUCAAGCAAGCAACCAUCCUCAAUCAAACCCAAUCCCCCUUCCUCCGCCUCCCCUCCGAACUCCGCAACCAAAUCUUCGACCACGUUUUCGUUCUCCCUCCCGUAUGCAUCGACGUUUGCUUCUACGGAAAGACCCGUGCAGCCAUCCCGCCACACUCGCUAAGCCUGCUCCUCACCUACCCACAACUGUACCACGAGACCGCCGUGCUACCAUACAAGUCCUUGAUGUUUUCCUUCUGUGAGCCUUUUGACUUUUCUGGGUUCCUUGAGCAGCGCACACAGGCACAGAUUGCAGCGAUUUAG